CUAAAUUUUUCUUGAUAAAUAGGUUAGUACAGAAGAUGGGAAAAAAAGAAGAUCACUUAAAAGAUGAUAAAGAACAUUAUCAUCAUGAAAAUAAGAGUAUUGGAUCUAAGCUCAACAGAAAAGUGAUAGUUGGCGUUUGUGCAGUGAGCAAAAAGACAAAUUCUGGGGCAAUGAAAGAAAUUCUCAAGCGUCUUAAACUUUAUAACUUACUGAAGUUCAUUAUUUUCUCUGAUAACACAAUACUUGAACAACCUGUUGAGUCAUGGCCUAUUGUGGAUGCUUUAAUAUCCUUUUAUUCAUCAGGAUUUCCUCUUGAAAAAGCUGUCUCUUAUGCAAAGUUAAGGAAACCAUUUGUAUUGAAUGAUUUAGAGAUGCAAGAUCUUCUUUUAGACAGAAGAGAGGUUUACAAACUCUUAGAUAACAACAGAAUUAAAACACCAAGAUAUGCAAUUUUUGAGCGCGAUGAAAACAACUAUCCAGUCUCAGGUAAAGAAAUAGUUGAAACUGAUGAUACAAUUAUAGUUAAUGGAGUUACUUUUACCAAACCAUUUGUUGAAAAACCUGUUAAUGCAGAAGAUCACAAUGUUUUCAUUUACUAUCCUUCCGGUGCUGGUGGCGGCUGUCAAGUUUUGUUUCGGAAGAUUGGAAAUAAGAGCAGUUUAUACUCAUCACACAGUCAAAUUCGAAGAAAAGGAUCAUUUAUAUAUGAAGAUUUUAUGCGUACUGAUGGUACUGAUGUUAAGGUUUAUACAGUUGGAGAUGAAUAUGCACACGCUGAAGCACGUAAAUCACCUGUUCUUGAUGGAAAAGUUGAUCGCACUGCUGAUGGGAAAGAGAUUCGUUACCCUGUUAUUUUGAGCCCUUUUGAAAAAAUGAUUGCUUUUAAAGUGUGUCGAGCUUUUAAGCAAACAGUUUGUGGUUUUGAUUUGUUGCGCACUGAUGGGAAAUCUCUUGUAUGUGAUGUAAAUGGAUUUAGUUUUGUUAAAACCUCUCAAAAAUACUAUGAUGACUGCGCUCAGCUUCUUGCAAAAAUAAUUCUAAAAAACUUUGCUCCUCGCAGUUGGCCAGCUAUGUUAGCAAAUGUGCCAGACGGAGAAUCGAUCAAACAAUCUGUUGCUAAAGAAGUAGAAAAGGAUGAUAGUUUAGAGCUUUGUUGUUUAAUUGCUAUUAUGAGGCAUGGUGACAGGACUCCAAAACAAAAAAUGAAGAUGGUUGUAACUCAUAAGCUGUUUCAUGAUAUAUUUAUCAAGUAUGGGGGAAAUGACGAAGGGUCGAUAAAAUUAAAGAAACCAGCACAGUUGCAAGAGAUGCUGUGUAUUUUCUGCAAACUUAUUGAUGGUGAUGUUAACAGAAAUUAUAUUCCAAUUGAUGAAGACAGAUACAAACUUACACAGAUGAAAAGCGUUUUAGAAAUGUAUGGACAUUUUGAUGGGAUUAAUCGUAAGGUUCAAAUAAAGUCUAUGUCUGAUAUACGCAAUGCUAAUAUGGUUUCUAAGCUAAGAGGAAGAAAUGGCCUUGAACAAGACAAAUUUAAAGGAGAUUUAAGCUUGCUUCUUAUUGUAAAAUGGGGUGGUGAACUAACACCAAUGGGUAAAAAACAGGCAGAAGAUCUUGGUAGAGCUUACAGAUGCUUGUACCCAUCAGAUGGGUGCUCAAUGCCAGGAGGUGGUCUUUUAAGAUUACAUAGUACUUAUCGGCAUGAUUUAAAAAUAUACUCUUCUGAUGAAGGUCGAGUCGAAAUGACUGCUGCAGCAUUUGCGAAAGGUUUAUUGGAUUUGGAAGGGGAAUUGACACCAAUUCUGGUUAGCCUGGUAAAAAAUGACAAGUAUAUUUCUGGUAUGUUGGAUACUCCGUCUAGUAUAAGCUGUAAUAUGCAGAGAGUUAAAUCGCGAAUACAUGAUAAAUUGCGUUCUAAAGAUGAUUUUACAGAAGAAGAUAUUGCUGCGUUCACUAAUACUAAAUCAGGAGCAAUAGCUGAAGCAAUGCGAGUUGUAAAAAAUCCUCAAAAAAAAUGUGAAAAAGUUUAUAAACUUGUGUGCAAUUUUACAAAUCAAUUAAGAGAGCUUUGCAAACAACAAUAUAAAAACAAAGCCUAUCAUGGUGAAGGUUUGGUUUUAAUGAUGCAUAGAUGGGAAAAGUUGCAAAGUGACUUUAAAAUUGGUGAUGAGUUUGACAUGAGUUUGAUUCCAGAUAUUUAUGAUUGCGUGAAGUAUGAUUAUAUCCAUAAUAUUUCUUUAAAUUUGAAAAAUUUGCCUGAACUUUAUGCUGAUACAAAACCUCUUGCUGAUAUAGUAAUACCUCAAGAAUAUGGCAUAACUAGUGAAGACAAAAUUAAAAUUUCUAAAGAAAUUUGCAGUAAUUUGUUGUUGAAAAUUAAAUCAGACUUAAACUCACAUGUUAGUCAGCAAGUAAAUAAAUUAGAUCCAUCUGCUUCUCAGGGUAUUGAUUCACCAAACACGCAUGUGCGCACCAGGUUAUAUGUCACAAGCGAAAGUCAUGUUCAUUCUGUAGUAAAUGCUAUCAAAGAAGGAAAUUUGUUUAAGAAUUCAGAAGAGCCAAUGAGCAAGCAGGCUUUAGAAUAUCUUAACAACACUGCUGAAUUGAAUUAUCUCACUCAAAUAGUUAUUAUGAAAUACGAAGAUCUUAAAGCUAAUCCAGAAUCUGAUGAGCGUUUCAAGAUUGAAAUCUUAUUUAGUGCUGGUGAAAAAUGUCCUGAUAAUAAUGAAGCAGUUAAAAGAUUGCAACAUGAAUCUAAUGCAAAUAGUUAUGCUACUAAAAGGUCAUUUAAUGAAGAUCUUAAUUUGCUGGUGGAAACUCAAAACGAGCAAACUGCCAUACUCGAAUUAAAUGCAAAAUCUCUCGUACCUGAUGUACGUUUCGAAGGAGUUAAAAAAAAGUCUUUUUCAUAUAAUGGAAAUUUACAGCAAAAGACGUUUGAAAUGCCUCCGACAUUAAACUCUUUACAUAAGCUACACAACUGUUUGCGUCUAAAACAAGUAAAUUCUUUCAUUGAUCAAUUAACUACUGGUUGUACACAUAAUCCAAGGUUAUCAAUGGUUUAUGAAUUUCCGUCCUGAGUUUCAACUUUUUAAAAAAAAAUUCACUUAAUCGGUUUAGAUUAUUUACGAACAUCUUGUUCGUCCCUUUUUUUAUUCGAUAGAAAAUUACUUUCUUUUUCUGGAAGUCAUUGCAUUUUUUUAUACUAUUUAUUUCUUAUUUCUUUCAGAUAUUUUUUAUAUGAAUAAGGAUAUUUUGUUUAUACUUGUUAAUGUAUAAAAUUUUACUUUAAUUCUGGAUUAUUUUUAAAUGUCUAAAGUUUUGGAAAUAAAAUAUAUCUUUGACUUUAAAACGUAUUUUUUCAAUGCAAUUUUUUUGGGUUGUAUAAUUAAAAUGUAAAAGUUUUUACUAGUAUGUACCAGUGACGGUUUCAGGGGGGAUUAAGGGAUGCGUUUUUUUUUAGGAGACGCAAAUGUGAUACAAAAUACAACAAUAUUUCAAAAUCCCUAACCCCCUCCUCCUCCAACGCCCAAAAUUUCUGGAUUCGUCACUGGUAUGUACCCAUUUUUUAUUCUUUUUUAACAUUUUCAUUUAAUUAAAACCAAAACGUUAUUUGGUUUUUCAAAGUAUAGAAUAAAUACGAUAAAAUUGUUUAUAUGUUGUUAAAUGUUUAUAAAAUAUACUUAGUAUUUAAAUUUUUAAAAUACUGAAA